UUUUAUUUUUUAAAUAAAUCAAUCAAUCUUGGCCUUGCUUUUCUAAAAUUUUCUUUCUCUAUCUCCAUCUCCAACGAUGAACGCCACUCCCUUUUCCCCACCCGAUCUCCUUCAAGACAACAAUUCGGAAAGCGAUACCGAAACGAAUCCGGAUGACACACCCGAAUACUACCAGCCAAUCUCAGCCGUUGAUUACGAUGACUCCCACUCCGAUCAAUCAAACUCAGAUGAAGAACACCAUAACAAUCCCCACUUUUCUGAUUACCACCAGCACCACCUUGACAACGGCCACUGUGCGCGUCAAGCAGAGGAUGGAAUCUCGACUCUUAAUCUAAACGAAGAUGUCGAGGGAAAGAGCAGCAGCAGCGAAGAUGGCGAUGAAGAGGGAUUAGAAGAAGAGAGAGUAGGAGAGGAAUCUGAGACGGCGAUCUUGAGGGCGUUUAGAGAGGACGAGAGUAGAAGGAAUGCGCCGUUGACGCCAGAGAAUGCGACACGUGUUAUGGAGGCAAUGCGUGGUGUGUCGUUGGGUAGUUUUGUUCCUGACUGGGCGGGUGGGGUUGGUGGAGAGCAGUGGAUUGAUGAGCUUAGGAGAUUGAGGCAACCACCUGGUGCUGGAAAUCAACCUUCCUUUCAAAAUUAGAUGUCUUGCUUUCGGGAUUUUGCUCUCUUUUUAUUUCUUCUUUAUGAAGACUAUUCCUUGCGUCCUUUCUUACUCGUAUCAAAAGCUUUUUUAAAUUUU